AAUAGAACCGCGCUUGAAAAUUAUGCAGUAAGUUACCAUGGUUUCUCUGCAACAACUCAAUAACACUGCUUUAGUGUCACCUUCACUGCCUUAUCACCACCUUCACUUCUAUAGAACCAUUAGUCCACCAGCACGUAGAAGACUUUACCUCAAACAAACACUUCAACCAAGAUCAUCUCUUCAUUUCUCUACCCAUACUCACCAAAGCCACUCUGUAUCUCUAUCAGACCAUACCCAUCAGCUCUCUUUUCUACCAGAGAUUGCUAAACUCUCCGAAACUGGUAGCCUAACUGAAGCCUUGAACCUUUUUCAGAAAAACUUGCAAAAUGAUAGCUCCAAUUCUUCAGAAACGAAAGAAGCAAUGGGCAUUCUGCUUCAAGCCUGCGGCCACCAAAAAGACAUUGAGACUGGUCGAAAAAUUCAUGAGAUUGUUUCUAAAUCGACCCAAUAUAGUAAUGAUUAUGUUCUUAAUACCCGUCUCAUUACCAUGUAUGCCGCGUGUGGUUCUGUUUUGGAUUCUCGUCUCGUGUUUGAUAAUUUACAGAGGAAGAAUUUGUUUCAAUGGAAUGCACUUGUUAGUGGGUAUACUAGAAAUGAACUUUAUUGUGAGGCAAUUAAUGUCUUUGUAGAAUUGAUGUCGGAUACAGAGUUUGAACCUGAUAAUUUUACUUUCCCUUGUGUGAUCAAGGCUUGUGCUGGGCUUUUAGGUGCUGGGUUAGGGGAGGUGAUUCAUGGGAUGGUGAUAAAGAUGGCUUUGGUUUUGGAUGUUUUUGUGGGCAAUGCAUUGAUUGCAAUGUAUGGGAAAUGUGGGUUGGUUGAUGGAGCGGUGAAAGUGUUUGAUUAUAUGCCUGUUAGGAACUUGAUUUCGUGGAAUUCAAUGAUUUGUGGGUUCUCUGAGAAUGGAUUUUCUGUAGACAGUCUUAAUUUGUUAGUGGAGAUGUUAGUGGGUGAGCAAGGGUUGGCACCUGAUGUUGCCACAAUGGUGACAAUAUUACCAGUUUGUGCAAGAGAAGUAGAACUUGAUCUGGGAAUGGAAAUCCAUGGUUUGGCUAUAAAACUGGGACUGAGCGAAGAGGUGAAGGUGAAUAAUGCUUUGGUAGACAUGUAUUCAAAAUGUGGAUACUUGCCUGAAGCGCUAAUGUUAUUUGAUAAGAACAAUAACAAAAAUGUUGUUUCUUGGAAUACAAUGAUUGGAGGUUUUUCCACGGAAGGAUAUAUAUUCGAGUCAUUUAAUCUUUUGAGGAAAAUGCAGAUGCAACAGGAGAUAGAGCCUAAUGAGGUCACUGUAUUGAAUAUUUUGCCUUCUUGUUUGGAGAAUUCACAGUUGCCGAGUUUAAAGGAAAUUCAUGGCUAUUCAAUUAGACAUGAGUUUCAAUAUGAUGAAUUAGUGGCCAAUGCUCUUGUUACAGCCUAUGCUAAGUGUGGAAUGCUGAGUUCUGCUGAGCGUGUCUUUAACAGAAUGGAGAUGAAGACGGUGAGUUCUUGGAAUGCACUUAUUGGCGGUUAUGCACAAAAUGGUGAUCCUAAACAGGCUUUAAAUUUUUACAUUCAAAUGACAUAUUUAGGCUUCGAACCUGAUUGGUUUAGCAUAGGUAGCCUUCUCUUAGCUUGUGCCCACCUAAACUCGCUGCGCUGUGGCCAAGAGGUUCAUGGAUUUGCACUAAGAAAUGGAUUGGAAACUGAUUCAUUUAUUGGUGUGUCUCUAUUAUCCCUUUACAUCCAUUGUAAAAAAUCAUCUUCUGCACGUUUAUUAUUUGAUGGGAUGGAAGAUAAAAGUUUAGUGUCGUGGAAUGCAAUGAUUUCUGGUUACUCACAAAAUGGGCUUCCAGCUGAAGCCCUGACUUUGUUUCGUAAAUUGCUUUCUAAUGGAAUUCAGCCAUCUGACAUUGCUAUAAUGAGUGUGCUUGGGGCUUGUUCACAACUAUCAGCUUUGCGGCUGGGAAAAGAAACUCAUUGUUAUGCAUUGAAAUCCUCACUCACAGAGGAUGUUUUUGUCAGUUGUUCAAUUAUUGACAUGUAUGCAAAAAGUGGUUGUAUAGAAGAAUCGCGAAGUGUUUUUGAUGGGCUAAGAGAUAAAGAUGUUGCAUCGUGGAAUGCUAUAAUUGCUGCAUAUGGGUUUCAUGGACAUGGGAAAGAGGCAAUAAAACUGUUUGAGAGAAUGGAGAACAUUGGCCAAAUGCCUGAUUGUUUCACAUUUAUCGGAAUUUUGACUGCAUGUUGUCAUGCUGGGCUGGUUGAAGAAGGGUUGAAAUAUUUCAGUGAGAUGCAGAAUUCCCAUGGACUAGAACCAAAAUUGAAGCAUUACGCGUGUGUUAUAGAUAUGCUGGGUCGUGCCAGAAGAUUGGAUGAUGCUCUAAGGCUUGUCAAUGAGAUGCCUGAACAACCAGAUAGUGGAAUCUGGAGCUCAUUGCUCAGUUCCUGCAGAAGGUUUGGUGCUCUAGAAAUGGGGGAGAAAGUUGCAGAGAAGUUGUUAGAAUUAGAACCAAAUAAAGUAGAGAACUAUGUAUUACUUUCAAACUUGUAUGCUGGAUCAGGUCGGUGGGAGGACGUGCGAAGGGUGAGACAAAUUAUUAAGGAUAUUGGUAUUCAAAAAGAUGCUGGCUGCAGUUGGAUUGAGCUUGGGGGUAAAGUAUAUAGUUUCCUUGUAGGUGACAAUUUGCUGCCAGAGUCAGAGGAAAUCCGGUUGAAAUGGAGAAGAUUAGAGAAACAGAUAAGUAAAAUUGGAUAUAAACCUAACACAGGCUCUGUGCUUCAUGAGGUGGAGGAAGAUGAGAAGAUCGAGAUAUUGCGGGGGCACAGUGAGAAGCUAGCAGUUUGUUUUGGUUUGUUGAAGACAACUAAAAGUACAACUCUCAGAAUUUUCAAGAAUCUUCGGAUUUGUGUAGAUUGCCAUAAUGCAGCCAAGUUAAUAUCAAAGGUAGUUGAAAGAGAGAUAAUUAUCAGAGACAACAAGCGCUUUCACCAUUUUAGAGAUGGAUUCUGUUCUUGUGGGGAUUAUUGGUGAAGUAAGGUAGGCAAGUUUUCCAAUACUUGCUUUUGAUUAUUGAAAUCCUUAAUGAAUGUUGAUAAAUGAGAUUACAGGUCUUAGUCUCAUCAUCGUAAUAUGUCUUAAGUUCAUAAUGAAUCUGAUCUUGACAAAAAUUUUCC